GUAGAAAGAUUACUGCAUCAACUCACUGAAGCAAUAGCCUCACUCUUUGUCUUUUAAACUUCAUCAACAAUGAAGCAAUGAUAUCUGAGAACAGAAGAACAUUUGCCAACCGUCAUCACAAUUUCAAGUGAUUGUAUAAGCAGAAACAAGCUGCAACAGAGCUCUGUGUCAGCUAGUAUAGAGAGAAUGGUUUAUUGAGGAGCAGUUUUAGUAUAGUGCUUUAUAUCUGUAUCAGAUGAAAUAAAAAUGAGUGAGACCCCCAGAUUCUUUGUUGGGCCUGAAGAUACAGAAAUAAACUCAGGAAAUUAUCGACAUUUCUUCCACCAUGCAGAUGAAGAUGAGGAGGAGGAGGAUGAGUCUCCACCAGAAAGGCAGAUUGUGGUUGGAAUAUGUUCCAUGGCAAAGAAAUCCAAAUCCAAACCAAUGAAGGAAAUUCUUGAACGGAUCUCCUUAUUUAAAUAUAUCACAGUAGUAGUAUUUGAAGAAGAUGUUAUUUUGAAUGAACCAGUAGAAAACUGGCCUUUAUGUGAUUGUCUUAUUUCUUUCCAUUCUAAAGGAUUUCCACUGGACAAAGCAGUUGCCUAUGCAAAACUCAGGAAUCCAUUUGUAAUCAAUGACUUGAAUAUGCAGUAUCUCAUACAAGAUAGAAGAGAAGUAUAUAGUAUUCUUCAAGCUGAAGGUAUUUUACUUCCUCGUUAUGCAAUUUUGAACCGUGACCCAAAUAAUCCCAAAGAAUGCAAUCUGAUUGAAGGGGAAGAUCAUGUAGAAGUAAAUGGUGAAGUUUUUCAAAAGCCUUUCGUAGAAAAGCCAGUCAGUGCAGAGGAUCACAAUGUUUACAUUUACUAUCCAACAUCUGCUGGUGGUGGAAGUCAAAGACUUUUUCGAAAGAUUGGCAGUAGGAGUAGUGUUUAUUCCCCAGAAAGCAAUGUACGAAAAACAGGCUCAUAUAUAUAUGAAGAGUUUAUGCCCACAGAUGGUACUGAUGUAAAGGUUUAUACAGUGGGUCCAGAUUACGCGCAUGCUGAAGCUCGAAAAUCUCCAGCGCUUGAUGGCAAGGUGGAACGAGACAGUGAGGGAAAAGAAGUUAGAUACCCUGUUAUUCUUAAUGCACGGGAGAAAUUAAUUGCCUGGAAAGUCUGCCUUGCUUUUAAGCAAACAGUUUGUGGUUUUGAUUUGUUACGAGCCAAUGGACAGUCCUAUGUCUGUGAUGUCAAUGGCUUCAGUUUUGUGAAAAAUUCCAUGAAGUAUUAUGAUGAUUGUGCAAAAAUACUUGGCAAUAUUGUAAUGCGAGAACUUGCUCCACAAUUUCAUAUCCCCUGGUCAAUACCCUUAGAAGCUGAAGAUAUCCCAAUUGUACCAACUACAUCUGGAACUAUGAUGGAACUUAGAUGUGUCAUAGCUGUGAUACGUCAUGGGGAUCGAACACCAAAACAAAAAAUGAAAAUGGAAGUGAGGCAUCAAAAAUUUUUUGAUCUUUUUGAAAAGUGUGAUGGAUACAAAUCUGGGAAAUUAAAACUCAAAAAGCCAAAACAGUUACAGGAAGUGCUGGACAUUGCCCGACAACUUCUUAUGGAGCUGGGGCAAAAUAAUGAUUCUGAAAUUGAAGAAAACAAGUCAAAACUUGAACAACUUAAGACUGUAUUGGAAAUGUAUGGCCAUUUUUCUGGAAUAAAUCGUAAAGUCCAAUUAACUUACCUCCCUCAUGGUUGUCCUAAAACAUCUAGUGAAGAAGAAGAUAGCCGAAGAGAAGAACCAUCCUUACUUUUGGUUCUAAAAUGGGGAGGAGAACUAACUCCUGCAGGCAGGGUCCAGGCUGAAGAACUUGGAAGAGCUUUCAGGUGUAUGUAUCCUGGAGGUCAAGGAGAUUAUGCAGGAUUUCCUGGCUGUGGUUUACUGAGAUUACAUAGUACCUACCGACAUGACCUCAAAAUAUAUGCCUCUGAUGAGGGACGAGUCCAGAUGACUGCAGCUGCUUUUGCAAAGGGGCUCUUAGCUCUAGAAGGAGAGCUUACACCCAUUCUUGUUCAGAUGGUAAAAAGUGCAAAUAUGAAUGGUCUUUUGGAUAGUGACAGUGACUCCUUGAGCAGUUGUCAGCAACGUGUGAAAGCAAGACUUCAUGAAAUACUUCAGAAAGAUAGAGAUUUUACUGCUGAAGACUAUGAAAAGCUUACUCCAUCUGGAAGCAUUUCUCUUAUCAAAUCAAUGCAUUUAAUUAAAAAUCCUGUGAAGACUUGUGACAAAGUUUAUUCCUUGAUACAGAGUUUGACUUCUCAAAUCAGACAUCGAAUGGAAGAUCCCAAAUCAUCAGAUAUUCAGCUUUACCAUAGUGAAACAUUAGAGCUUAUGCUACGUAGAUGGUCCAAGUUGGAGAAAGACUUUAAAACAAAGAAUGGAAGAUAUGACAUUAGUAAAAUCCCUGACAUAUAUGACUGUAUAAAAUAUGAUGUCCAGCAUAAUGGUUCCUUGAAAUUAGAAAAUACAAUGGAAUUAUAUAGGCUUUCGAAGGCAUUAGCAGAUAUUGUUAUCCCUCAGGAAUAUGGUAUAACUAAAGCUGAAAAACUGGAGAUUGCCAAAGGCUACUGUACUCCUCUAGUUAGAAAAAUUCGCUCAGACCUCCAGAGGACACAAGAUGAUGACACUGUAAAUAAACUCCACCCUGUGUAUUCCAGAGGUGUUCUGUCUCCUGAACGUCAUGUCCGUACCAGGUUAUAUUUUACCAGUGAAAGUCAUGUACAUUCUUUACUAUCUAUUCUUCGCUAUGGUGCCUUAUGCAAUGAAUCAAAAGAUGAACAGUGGAAACGAGCUAUGGAUUACUUAAAUGUUGUCAAUGAACUCAAUUACAUGACUCAGAUUGUGAUCAUGCUUUAUGAGGAUCCUAACAAGGAUCUUUCCUCAGAGGAACGCUUUCAUGUUGAAUUACAUUUUAGUCCAGGAGCUAAAGGAUGUGAAGAAGACAAAAAUUUACCAUCUGGCUAUGGAUAUAGACCAGCUUCAAGAGAGAAUGAAGGCAGGAGAUCUUUUAAAACUGAUAAUGAUGAUGAACCACAUACUUCUAAAAAAGAUGAAAUUGAUCGUGCUGUGAUACUGUUCAAACCUAUGGUAUCAGAGCCAAUUCAUAUACACAGGAAGUCUCCACUUCCAAGACCUAGGAAGAUGGCUACAAAUGAAGAAGAGAGCCCCCUGAGUGUGUCUAGCCCAGAGGGUACUGGUACCUGGCUGCAUUAUACCAGUGGUGUGGGUACUGGGCGUCGAAGACGCAGAUCAGGGGAACAAAUCACUUCUUCCCCUGUCUCCCCCAAAUCAUUGGCUUUCACAUCCAGUAUUUUUGGCUCAUGGCAACAGGUUGUAUCUGAAAAUGCUAAUUACCUGCGAACACCAAGAACUCUUGUGGAAAAGCAGAACCCUACUGUAGGGUCUCACUGUGCGGGCCUGUUUAGCACCUCGGUGCUCGGGGGUUCUUCAAGCGCACCUAACCUACAGGAUUAUGCUCGUACUCAUCGUAAAAAGCUGACUUCUUCUGGCUGCAUAGAUGGCUUUGAGUUGUAUUCCAUGGUGCCAUCUAUUUGUCCUCUAGAGACUCUUCACAAUGCCCUGUCUUUAAAGCAGGUGGAUGAAUUUCUUGCUUCCAUUGCUUCUCCAUCAAGUGAAGUUCCACGGAAGACCCCUGAAAUUUCCUCUACAGCUUCGCGUUCCAGUCCAGUAAUGAGAAGAAAAAUAUCUUUAAAUACAUAUACACCUGCAAAGAUCCUCCCAACACCACCAGCUACCUUAAAGAGUACAAAAGCAAGCAGCAAACCAGCUACCAGCGGACCUUCUAAUGCAGUUGUUCCUAAUACCUCAUCUCGAAAAAAGAAUAUAACUAACAAAGCAGAAAUGCAUGAACACAAAAAAACCACAGGGAAAAAGAAAUGAAAUCUUAGCAGAAGCUGGAACUCCUUAAAUAUAUAAAAAUCACGUAAAAGGACACAUAAUAAACCUUGGCUGAAAACUGUCAAAGCAAGUAGUUUAUGUUUCCCCUUAUACAUCUCUGAAUUCAUUUUAAAAUAUGUUAAAUCUAGAGAAUUCAUCAUAUAUAUUCAGGUAAGGAACUUUUCUCAUGAUCUUGAAAAGUUUAAGACAAUGUUCAUUAACAUUUUAUGAGCAGCAAAAGUUAUGGUGAGGAAGGUCUGUCAUUCUUAAUGUUAUGUUUACCAUGUGCCCUUGGUAAAGACAAGGACAGAAAAGCCCAGCUAGCUUGUACCAGUGUCCCAUCAAUAAUGCUGUUUACUCAAGAAUCUGUGAGGUGACCUCUAUAUACACUUUCAUUUUCAUGAGAUUUUAUCUUAGCUGUAAAACCUAUAGCUUGGGUUAGAAUUUGGCAGUCAGGAUUACUGAUUGCAGAUUUUUUAAGUGUAUUUCCAAAGAGAUUUCAUUGAUCAUUUAGAUUAGAAACUUUUACCCCCAAUUGUUAGAAUUACAGAUAUGCUGCAAUAUUUAAUAACUGGAGUAUUAGCAUAUGGGUUAUUUUUUCAAUAUGUGCUUUGAGUUUUUUUAUUGUGUGUUAUUUAAAAUAUUACAUAUACAGCUGGGAUAACUACACCUUUAUGUACAUAAAUUUCUAUAUUAAUUUGUAGAAAAUACUUUCUUUAUAUAUUUCCUUACCAUAAGGUGCUUUUGCUCAUCAGGAAACUUUUGCUUCAUGUGUUGGGAAGAAAGACAGCUUUAGAUUAUUUUUUUUUAAGAGAUAUAGUUGACAAAUUUAUAAAUGUUACACUUAUUUUCAGAGUUCUUUUUAGAUCUAAGGAAAUCAGUUCAGAAAUGGAUAUCAAUGUGAGAAGAAUGUCUGAAUUCUGUAGUUAGUAGAUAUUAUGUAUAGCACCUCUUUUUUUAGCAUUUCCAUUCUUAUCUCUAGUGUAUCAGUUGAUCUCACGAAGAAAGCUUAAAGAUUGAACAUUUGCUCUUUUCAAAUGAUUAGAUUUUGAAAGGAUAUUGAGAUCAUUGUUUUGUGAUUUCAUCUGUGAUGUGAAAAAAUAUUUAUUAUCCUUGGUGCUUUUUACCUAAUGCACAAAUAAUUAGAAACCACUUGAAAUGACUUAAACUGUAAACCAAACGGUACAAUCUGAUAAGAAUUCCAUGCAUUGCCAGUCAGGUCACUUAAAUUGCUAAAACUUUAGUUUGAAGCUUACGUUUAGGCAAUUACUGAAUUCUCAUAUGAACACAACUAUUAAAAUUCUUCAUGAGACUCUCCUAACUUUAGAUCAUCAUCUAAGAAUUGACUUUUAGAAAAUAAGCAUAUUAUGUGUUAGUUUUGUAAAAGUACCAGAUGCAAAAGUCACGAAUAUAUACAAUUAUAUAAGUUUAUAUACUUCAUGUGAAUGUAAUUGUAUUAUGUGAAGAUAUGUCUUUUAAAUAUUUCAAUGUACCUAGGCUUUCUGUAUGUGAAAAUGUUAAUGUGCUCAGUGUGGGAGUAAGAAACUACUUUUAUUUUUUAAGUGAAACUGAAUUAAAAUAUUUUAUUUCCAGAA